CGUCAUUGGAUCUGCGGCGGGGGCAAGGGGUGGGUAGAAAAGGGCUCGAGGGCGCCUGCUCGCGGCCGCGUGCUCUGCUCCUGCUUUCCUGCUUCAAAUUCCCUGAACUUUACCUCCUAACACCUACCAGCCUCACCACCGUACCUAUCUACUUUUUUUCGUCUCUACUCUACGCUCGGCUUCAGUUGCGCAGACGUUGGGAUUGUAAAGACUUGAAACGCCCUCUCCUACGACCUACCUCACCUACCUACUUCCCCGCGAUCAUGGCUUCUACCCACGACCUGCGCGUCGAGCGCCUCUUCUCUGUUAAGGACUACGUCUGCGUCAUCACGGGCGGCGGCACAGGGAUCGGGUUAAUGGCCGCGCAGGCGCUGGCAGCAAACGGUGCCAAGGUCUACAUCACCGGACGGCGGAUGGAGGCGUUGAAGAAUGCCGCCGAGACGCACUCGAAGGGCAUUGAGGGCCAGAUCAUCCCCAUCGGCCCUUGUGAUGUCACCAAGAAGGACGAUAUUGCUAAGCUUUACGAUGAGAUUGCUUCCAAGGAGAAGCACAUCAACUUGCUGAUCUGCGCAGCCGGCAUCUCUGGCACCAAGGCCGAGCCCGAGGCGGAGAAGGCAACGGAUCUGAAGGCCAAGCUCUGGAACGAGGAGACCUUUGAGGUCUGGAACGAGACGUACAACACUGACGUCACGGCCGUCUACUUCACCACUGUCGCCUUCCUUCCAUUGCUGCAGGCCGGCACCGAGAAACACGGUCAUUUGGCCGCGUCUGUCAUCGUCAUCUCCUCCAUGAGCGGCAUCAUGCGCCAUGCCCAGGGCCACUUUUCCUACAACGCUGCCAAGGGCGCGACGGUGCACCUCAGCAAGCUCAUGAGCGCAGAAUUCCAGAAGGCGAGGAUCCGGGUCAACUCCAUAGCACCAGGCUACUUCCCUUCAGAAAUGACGGCGAAAUCGUCCGGGCCUGACCAGAAGAGCGAGCUUCCCGACGAAAAGGUGCAGGAGAAGGGCCACGUGCCGGCACAGCGCGGCGGUCAUGACGAAGAGAUGGCGCAAGCAGUCCUCUUCCUGACCAAGAACUCGUACGUCAACGGCGAGAUUCUUGUCGUGGACGGUGGCGUGCUUAACGUCGUGAGUGGCCGAUAGAGAGAGAAAAAAGGACGAAGGAGCAGAACUGUAAAUAAAAGGGCCUCGAUUGGUUGAGCGAGCAGCGAGCGGCAGACGCCGUCGGGACCUACGACUCAUGGUUGUUUUUUCUUUCUGGGAUAUGAGCAAUUGAUCUACGACCCUGACG